AUGAUCCAGAUUACUAUCGAUCGCAGAGGUGACUGGAAUGCGAAUGUUGGAUCUGCAAUCUUGUAUCCAAAAGAAACUUGUGCGACCUCUGAACUUGAACUGGCCUACGAAACAUCCGGUCCCACAAGGAGCGGAAUGAAGAGUACUGAUUUAUCAGUGGUUGCUUCUGAGCUAUUUUACCAGCUGCUAACUGGGCUCAUUUUGGGUUACGACUGGUGGCUCGGCCGGAUGGUUCUAUUGGUUGGUUUGAUACCCUGCGUCCUAAUUUUUCGGUGGCCCCGGUCCUUGGAGCUACAACCAAAAAUGCAGGAAACUCCUUGCAGGCCCAUCAAAGAGGGUCACACAAUGGAACCCAGCAAGGUUAAGGACGAGGCCUCCAUGUCCGACGAGAGCAGGCUAUUUUUGACGCAAGCAACAUUGGAUUUGAGAGAUGCCGGUAGGCUGGUUGCUCGUGGCUCGUCUUUUGCGCGUCAGUUACCAGGCUGUAAGAUCCAGUUCGGCCGGGAACUGAACAAAAUUGCCGAUCUACGUAGAAAACAAGACACGUUCAAACGGCUUCACUUUGGUGCUGGCUAA